AUGACCAGGAGAAGCUCCAAAGUAAACACUCAACCAGAAGUCAAUUGUGAAUCUCUGCUUGAGGAGCUGGAAGAUGCAGAAACAAAAUCAGAUCUUAGUAAUCCUUCUGAAACACAAACUAAUAAUAAUAAUAGCAAAAUUGUGCAGUCAGCAGAACCAGUUCCUGAGUUGCAGGCUGAUGGGGAUGUGUCUGAAGCAGAAUCAAAUUGCUCUACUGCGUCUGGACUUCAGACACCUUUGUUCAUAAGGGUAACAAGGAGAAGAAAAAUUGCCAUACCCUAUCAGCCGGAUUCUCCUGCCAAAAAUAGGCUUUCCAAGACAGCUCUUCCAAGUGAGUUAAGCAAGUCUCAAGAUGAAGAUGAUGUCUCUGAAGCUGAGUCAUGUUCUUCCACUGUUUCUGGAGCUCGGAUGCCCAGUGUUGUGAGGACAACAAGAAGCAGGCAGAGCAAAACUAAAAUCCAACCAGAACCUGUUUGUGAAGCCCAAGCUGAAGAAGUUUCUGAUGCAGAGUCAUGGAGUUCGGGUUUUUCAGUUGAGCCAUCCAUUACUACCAGAAGAAUAACUAGGAGCAUGCGAAUUAAAUCGCAAGCAGAAACCAUUGAACAGACUGAGAAAAAAGUUAGUGAAGCUAUGCUGGAAGAUGAGAAAUCAGUUAAGGACCAAAUUAAAUCUCAGCCAAUAAUCACAUCCUACUCAGAGCAUGCUGCCAAGUGUGAUUCUGAUACAGAGCAAACUUCCCCCCUUUCAUUUAGUGAAGUGCCCUGUAAGAGUAAAUAUGUGCCUGACUCUGCAAAUGUGACCAUAACAGAUGACACACAACACAUUUUUGGAAAUGAUGCAACCCCCAACAGCCCUAAAGAAACAGAAAAACAAUGUAAAAUAGAGCAUUCUGAAAAAGAAACAACAAAUGAGAGACAGUUUGGAAUUAUAGAUAGUUCAGUAGAAGAGUGUGAUCAAGCAUUAGAAAAAGAGACGAAAGAAACUGGAAAAGAAGCACACUUGACGAACGUAGGUCAUUCUGUGUGUGACCACAAGAGCCUUGAAGGAUCCUGUAGUUCCUCAAAGCAGACAACUCCAGCUAAAAAGAAACAAAUUGCAGAAUACCAAGAAACAGAUGUUGAGGAGGUAGCACAGAGUUCUAACACCAAUGAGGAUGAAAUAAUAGUGGACAAGCAGUCCAGCACAGCAAGCAGCCUGCAAAAGGCUAGUGAUGCAAUUGAUGAUGACCACAAAAUAUCUGAUGUUAUUGUAGACAAUGGCAGAGACCAAGUAGAACUAGUUGUUGAAUCUUCCCCAUGCAUAUCCCAGAAAAAGAGCAAUGAAAAAGAUUCUGUUGUGUCACUUCUUAACAGUGAUGAGAGUGAUGAAUCUGAAAACAGUGAAGUGGAAGAGGUGGAUGAAGCGGAAGAAAAUCUUUGCUGUGCAGAGACCAGUAAUCAGAAAUUGUUCUCUAACAAGUCUUUAGAAAAUGGUUCAUCUCACGGGGAAGCAGUGUUUGUAAUUGACACAGAACCUGGAUUGAGCUUCAACAAAAAGUAUUACCUCGAGCAAGAGAACAGAACAAGUGAUGCAGAAAGUAAGGAUGAAGAAAGUGAAAGGGAUGAAGAGCCGUCAGAUUUGGAAGAAAAUGAGGAAUUCAUAGAUGAAGAUGAAGAUGCAAAUUUAUUGGAAAAUAAGGAAUCACAUAUCUUACAUCUCUCCAGCAGCAUAGACCCUGGUCUGAAUAUCAAGAAGCUUGGAGGCUUGUAUAUUAGCUUUGAUGCAGAAAAACAAAGGUCUGGACCAAGUGUAGUUAAGCAAUCACAAGAGAAAAAGGAAGAAAAGAUUUUGCAGAAGAGUAUAAUAACUCCAGAUUUUGAAAAAAAGGAAUGUGUCCCACCCGUUAAGGAGUCGCUCCAGCAGCUAAAAAAACAGCGCAAGGCAGAGCGAGAGAAAACAACAGGUGAUGCCUGGUUUGGUAUGAAAGCCCCAGAAAUGACAAGUGAAUUGAAAAAUGAUCUGAAGGCACUGAAGAUGAGGGCCUCCAUGGACCCCAAACGUUUUUACAAGAAGAAUGAUAGAGAUGGCUUGCCCAAGUACUUUCAGGUUGGAACUGUGGUUGACACUCCAGUAGACUUUUACCAUGCUCGAAUUCCUAAGAAGCAAAGGAAGAAAACGAUUGUUGAAGAAUUGCUUGCAGAUUCUGAAUUUAGAAGAUAUAAUAAAAGGAAGUAUCGGGAGAUCAUGACUGAAAAAGCAGCUCUUGCAGCAGGCAAGAAGAAUCGGAAAAAGAAGAAAUUUCACAAAUAAGAUUUGGAGAAGAUAACUAGAAGGAAUGCUUUGUUUUUAUUACAGAUUUGUUUACAGAAUGUUUUGAUGGUGAUUGUUUAAGAUUGAAGCUGUCUUUCUAACUGAGUUAAGGCAGGGCAGGCCCUGUCUUUACAGUGGUAUUUUGACAAGGGAGAAUAACACAAGAAAUGACAUGAGAUUCUGUUUUGUGGACUGGCACAGACAUUCAGUAGUGACAGCAUAAAUUCAUUCUACAAGGAAAAAGAAGUGUCAUCCUGUACAAUCAGUAGUUGAAGGAGAUGGGUGUGUGAAAGAGCUGGAAUUUUUCAAAAAUCAUUUUUUUUUCCCUCUAAUAAGAAAAAUCUUCAUGAAAAUCUGCAAGUCUAGCUUUUUAAUUUUGUAGAUAACUCUGCAUGCAUUUGUUAGUAAAGCCUUCAUUUUAAUGAAGGUUUUUAUAAAAGUGCAUUCAGUCUACAAUUCUAACCAGCUAUUUUUAAUGUCUCCUUAAAGCAGUGAUUCAUAUUCACCAAGCUGUGAUGAUACUGGAGUUCAUAAACUUGUACAUGGACUGUAAAAUGCUAUUUUUACUCUGUGCUAUACAGGAAAAAAUAAAUUACAAGUGGAAAUGAGUGUUAUCAUGCUAUCAGAAUUAAACUGUUUUCUUUAUGUGGA